AUGGAUGUUCAGAAAACUGUUGAUGUUUGUGAUUUUGUGCCCUCACGGGUCAAAGGAAUAGAUAAAUUUUAUGAUCUUUUAGAGGCACACCGAUCUCGCCCCUCACUCCAGGGACAAGAUUGGCCAAAAACCCACUGGUUUCAACCACAAAGUGUGGUGGAUAGGAUAAGAAUCUUGCAGAAGGAAGCUAAGAUUAAGAAAGGGAAAGGAAAAGCUAUAAUUUGUGCGGUGUUGGGAGCCAGUCUGGCAGCUGCGGUGGAAGAGAGAAAGCAGAAGUCUUCUCAAACUGAUAAUGUAAUAGACUCCCUGCAGAUGGUAAUCAAAAAUUUGCAGGAACAAUUGAAAGAAAGUUAACAAUUGUUGGAGGAGGAAAGGAACCAAAAUGUGAUAUUAAAGGAGGAAUUGAGGAAUCAACUUUUGAGAGAGGCGGAUACACAGGCAGAGGUAGAAGUGACACUUGAGGAGAAAGGGAUACAGCAAAUCUACCCCCAAGGAGAUUUGCAGAGGGCAAAAGAAACCGUAGAAAGCCUCCCACAUAUGUAUCCACUGAUUAAAACAGAGUAUGUGUAUGAGAAUGAUAGCGAUGACCGUCCUCAGGUUAUCACUAAAGAAGUCCCACUUACAGCAACUGAAUUAGCAAAGCUGAAAAAAGAUUUUGCAAGGGCUGCAAAGGAAUCGGAGACAGAGUAUGUGUGGAGAGUGUCUUUGUCAGGAGGGGAUGGAAUUUUGUUGUCAGAGAAAGAAGCAGAAGGAUAUCGGGGUCCGGGUGUGUUUCUAACUACUGGCGAUCGCCGAGCCCCAUGGUCAUUGACUCAGAGAGCUGCGUAUUGGGCUGGAGGGCUGAACCCCUUGGAGAGGGGAGAUCCCCUUACCAUAACUGGUACGGUGGAUCAGUUAGUGGAAAGUGUGCAAAAGGCGGCAUGUCUCCAGAUGAUGUAUGAUCGGGAGCUCAAGCCCCACCAGGGCUCCCCGAUGAUGAUGCCUGUGGACCCAGAGAGGAUGACUCCUCUGAUACGGGGACUUCACGACUCUUUGAAACCCAUUGGGAUUCAAUUGCAAGGGAGGAUUCAAAACACCCCCAAUGGAGAAAGAAUUAUGGCCACUCUGGAGGGGAAAGUGUCCCCUGAUCAUCAGCAGUCAGGGAGAAAAGUAAGGACAUGGGGAGAGAUAGCUCAGGAAUUGAUUAUAUGGCCCGGUUGGGGGAUUGUCUCAAAGAACUGA